AUGCGGUUCCUUCUGCUGAUUUUCACUGUCCUGUUGCUUCUGUCUCAGCUCACCUCAGGGUACACCCAGAAAUGCUGGAAUCUUCAUGGCAACUGUCGCCAUAAAUGCUUCAAGAAGGAAAGGGUCUACGCAUACUGUAUGAACAUCAAAUUCUGCUGUGUGAAGCCCCAGUACCAACCAAAACAAAGUGGAAUUUUCCAGAAGGGACUUGUCUACGGGACAGGUGAUAGCAUCAUUUUCUAUGGGACAGGUGAUAACAUCAUUUUCCUGCCAGAGCACAAUGUUCUCCUGUGCUCUUGUACUUCUAGAAAGCAUGCAUCUAGAAGAUUCAGGAUCUAA